GUUGUGCUACUUUCUCAUGCUAUUCCGGCAUUUUAUUACAAGAUGCCUCUCGAAAAUAGCAACCGGAGAAGGUCGCCAGAAUUACUAAUACGGUGUUUGAUUUCAUGCUUUACCGGCACAAUUACUCAACUUGCCCUAAUUUUCGUCCCUCAUUUUUUCCCAUUACCUUCUCUCCUCUCUCAGUUCAUCAUCUCAGCUUCAGUUUUUUCAAUUACUCUUGGAAUUUUUCAAUAUAUUAGGGUGUUGCUAAAAAUUCGUGCUUCAGCUCCUGCUUUUGUAUUGUUCCAUAUAAUUUUCAUUUGGGUCGUUUAUCUGAGCGUCAUUAGUCAAGCUGUUUCAUUGCUAUUAAAUAUUUUGUUGAACAUGGAGCUAGCAAUCCUUCUUAUUGGGUUUUUAAGGAUCUUGACUAGUGAUCCAGGUUUUGUUUGCCAGGAUCCUGCCAGCUUGAUGAAGGCUUCAAUUUCAGAAGACAGGCAACAUUUGGAGGACUUAUCAUCUAAAGCAGAAGGCAUUAGCUUGGAAAUUUCAAAUGAAGCGACUUCUAUAUCUUCAAGAAGGACGCGGUAUUGUAGGAGCUGCAAAGCCUAUGUCAUGGGAUUUGAUCAUCAUUGCCCCGGUUUUGGGAACUGCAUAGGCCAGAAGAAUUACAGACUUUUCUUGUUGCUUUUGGCUGGGUUUAUAACGGCUGAGGCUUCAUAUGCAAUGCUUUCUUAUCAUUGGAUCAACAAACAUUUGCUUCUAAAACAGAGUAGCUCCAAGAUUCGAUACAACUUGGUUGUGAGCACAAUGAACUUUCUAAUGCUUCAAGUGCUUUGGCAGGUGGUAUUUUUUGCAUGGCAUGUGUAUUGUGUGUGCUUUAAUAUAAGAACUGAAGAAUGGAUCAAUUGGAGAAGAUACCCAGAAUUUCAUGUCAUUAUUCAUCCUUCAUUAGAUCAAUCCUUUUCAGAUAUAAGGUUUAGGAACCCUUAUAGUAAGGGAAUUUUCUGCAACGUGAAGGAUUUCUUGCUUGGAUGAGAUCGAUGAUUAAUUGUUCAGAACCUUUAUGGUAGCCUGAAACGACGUAAGAACUUCCCACUGCUCCUCUCAAGACGAUGCCAUUUGUCAUUCUUCUCCUCUUGUUCCUUGCUUCUCUCUCCACUUAUCUGCAGAAUCCUGCCUUCUUCCACCUCAACUUUCACUUCAUCC